AGUGGUCGUAGUAGCGUAUUUUCUUAAAAAAAAAAAAAAAGAGUAUUCACACGCGAAAGAUUAAUUCGUGCCGACACGUUGACAAUUACGAUCGCUUCGACGAUAUAAGAGACGACGUUAUAUUCAAUAUGAAAGCGGUAAUACAACGAGUGACAAAAGCUAGCGUGUCAGUUGAUGGUGAAAUUAUUAGUAGCAUUGGAAAUGGUCUCUGCAUCUUAAUUGGUAUAAAAAGAGAUGACACAGUGGAGGACAUAAAAUAUAUGUAA